GAAUGAGACAGGGGGAAGUCUCAGCUCGACACUGGCAGCGCCCAUGUCCUUGCUGCAAGCUUGGCGGGCAAAGCUCUCCGCGGCUGCUUCUGAUGCCCUGAGCGACAAGAAGACCAGCGGACUCCUGAUAGUCUUCGUUGUCACGCUGCUUGCUUUUGCUGCAGGCAGCUGUGCUAUUGUCUCAACGCGAGCCUAUCUCUUGCACGACUUCGGCGCCCACCGAGCCGAUCCUGUCCUCUCCCGGCAAGAUCAGCAUCAUCGACUGUUGCCAAGUCUCCGGUCUCUGGGACCGAGUUCGACUCCGAACUUCAAGUCCAGGGCUACGAAGACGUGGAGGCAGCUGGUGAUCGACCGCCCCCUGGAGGGAGAUCGCCUUGGGGUCAAUCUCUCGGAA